GCGGCCGGCGCGGAGGGGCGGGGCCGGGCGGACCCGGGGAUCGUGUCCAGCCCGCCGCGUAGCGGACAUGGCGGGCUCUCGGCUCCCACGGCAGCUCUUUCUCCAGGGCGUGGCCGCCGUCUUCAUGUUCGCCUUCGCUUCCCUUUACACGCAGAUCCCGGGCCUGUACGGCCCCGAGGGCAUACUGCCUGCCCGGAGGACACUGCGGCCCCAGGGAAAGGGCCGCUGGCAGCAGCUGUGGGAGACCCCCACGCUGCUGUGGGAGGCGCCGCUUCUGGGGCUGGACACUGCCCAGGGCCUGGAGCUGCUGAGCCUGCUGGGCACCGUGCUGGCCCUGGGUGCCCUGCUGACCCGCCAGCUGCGCCACCCGCUCGUGUACCUGCUGCUCUGGGCCGCCUACCUGUCUGUCUGCCAGGUGGGCCAGGUGUUUCUUUAUUUCCAGUGGGAUUCCCUGCUGCUGGAGACAGGCUUCCUGGCCGUGCUGGUGGCCCCUCUGGGGCUGCCCCCCAACCACAAGCAGACCCCCCAGGGCAGGCCGGGAGGGGUCUCCCCCCAUGAAGGCCUCCCCUUCUGGCUCGUGCGCUGGCUGCUGUUCCGCCUCAUGUUUGCCUCGGGUGUGGUCAAGCUGACUAGCCGUUGCCCCGCAUGGUGGGGGCUCACCGCCCUCACCUACCACUACGAGACUCAGUGCCUGCCCACACCGGCCGCCUGGUUUGCCCACCACCUGCCCGUCUGGCUGCACAAGCUCAGCGUGGUGGCCACCUUCCUCAUUGAGAUUGCAGUGCCCCCUCUGUUCUUCGCUCCUGUUCGCCGCCUGCGGUUGGCUGCCUUCUACUCCCAGGUCUUGCUGCAAGUCCUGAUUAUCAUCACUGGCAACUAUAAUUUCUUCAACCUGCUCACCCUGGUGCUCACCACCGCCCUCCUGGACGACACACACCUGGCUGCCAAGUCUAGCACGAGCCGCCGCAAGAGGACACCCAGCUCCUGGCCCAAGGCCCUGCUGGCCAUGCUGACCCUGCUGCUGGAGUUGGCCGUCUACGGGCUGCUGGCCUACGGCGUGGUGCACUACUUCGGCCUGGAGGUGGACUGGGAGCAGCACGUCGUUCAUUCCAGAACCACGUUCACCUUCCACCAGCUCUCCCAGUGGCUGAAGAUGGUGACCCUCCCCACCAUGUGGCUGGGCGCGGCCUCUCUGGCCUGGGAACUGCUGACCGCCCUCUGGAGGUGGGUGCAGGUGCGAGGGUCGCUGCGGAAGCUCUAUGCUGCCGUGCAGUUGUCCGUCUUUGGCACUGCCACGGUGGCUCUGUUCCUGAUCAGCCUGGUGCCCUAUUCCUACAUGGAGCCCUCGAGCCAUGGGCGCCUCUGGACUGGGGCCCACCGCCUGUUUGGCACCGUGGAGCACCUGCAGCUGGCCAACUCCUACGGCCUUUUCCGCCGAAUGACGGGCCUGGGAGAUCGAGUUCAUGUACAAACCCGGGAACCUGAGCCGGCCGCCCCCCAUCGUGGUGCCCCACCAGCCGCGCCUCGACUGGCAGAUGUGGUUCGCGGCCCUGGGCCCCCACACGCACAGUCCCUGGUUCACCAGCCUGGUGCUCCGCCUCCUGCAGGGCAAGGAGCCUGUGAUCCGCCUCGUCCAGAACCACGUGCCCAGUUACCCCUUCCACCAGCAGCCGCCCACGUACGUGCGGGCCCAGCUCUACAAGUACUGGUUCUCGCACCCUUGGGAGCAGGGCCAAUGGUGGCGACGCCAGUGGGUGGAAGAAUUCUUCCCAUCCGUGUCCCUGGGGGACCCGGCGCUGGACAUGCUGCUCAGGCAGUUUGGCCUUCAGGACAAAAGCCCGCCCCGGGCCCGUGGCUCCAGCAACACCCUGAGCCAGGCUCUCCACUGGGUACGGAAACAGCUGUCUCCCCUGGAGGCCCCCGCCCUGCUCUGGGGGCUCCUGGGGGCUGUGGGGGCCAUCAAGGUCAUGCAGGCCCUGCUGGGCCCGCAGUCCCUGCCUCGGACCAAGGAGGAGAAGCACAAGCCAGCCCCCCAGGAGGACUCGGUAGCCGCCAGCAAGCAAGCUUCCCCAGCCCCCAACAUCAGCAGCGGCUCCCAGACCCCCCGGCGGAAAAAGUCGCCGUGAUCUGUCAGCCACAUGUCCUUAGAGGGUCAGGGUCGCGCUUGCCUCUGGCUCUCUGCCACAGGAGGGCCCAGCCGCCGUGCCUUAGCCAGCUGCCACGCAGACGCAGGUCAGGGUGCUGGCCUGUGGGGGGCGCCAGCCCUUCUGCUUCAAGGGCAUCCCCCCACCCCCACCACGUCCGGUCCCAGGACACCCUCUGGCCUGCUCGACGGCCCAGGAGGCCCAUGUGUCACCUGGCAAUCGGGGACCCUUGCUCUCUGCCCCCACGGCAGGGGUCCGAGUCUGAGCCCUGACCCCGGCUCCUGCACACGGGGUGGAGGUAGGGUGGGAUGAGGCUGACCUGCUGGGGAAAGGAGGGAAGACGCCCCAAGGUCUCCUCUACAGCAGCCUGUCUGCGCAUCCGGAUCCGUGAACCAAUAAAGGCAAUUGUGUCUGACCACA